AUGGGUCUCAAACUAUCGGACCGUCUUUCUGGAAGAUGGCUUCUGACAUUCGUCACCAUCGCUAAUGCAUGCUCAAUGGCCUGGUUCGGCUACGACCAAGGCGUCUUCUCCGGCGUCCUGAUCUCAGCUGACUUCAAAGCUCACUUUCCUGAAACCCGCCAUGCAAGCACCUCCGGCAUAACAACCAGCUGCUUCUCUCUGGGGGCAUUCUUCGGCGCUAUCUGUGCCUUCACGUUUGGUGACAAACUGGGCCGUAGGAAGACUGUCGCUAUGGGACUAGCCUUCAAUGUUGUUGGCGCUGUACUGCAGAUUGUUUCCUGGCAUUUACCGCAGAUGAUUGUUGGUCGGAUCAUUAAUGGGUUCGGAAUGGGAUUGACUUCUUCUACAUGUCCCGUAUAUCAGUCGGAAUGCUCAAGUCCCAGGUCCCGCGGUAAACUUGUCGUUGUCGGAUCAUUAUGCAACACAGCCGCGUUCUGUCUUGCUAGUUGGAUGAACUACGGUCUCUAUUUCCAGGGGAGUGCAUUGCAAUGGCGCUUCCCGCUAGGAUUCCAGUUGAUCUUUCCCGUCGUUGUUGGGACUGCACUCCUCUUCAUUCCCGAGUCUCCACGAUGGCUUCUCCUCAAGGAUCGACCCGACGAAGCCAUCCAGGUUAUUGCCCGCCUCGCAGGACCAGCUGUCGCAAUCGACGACCCGGAUGUCAUGGCACAGUUCCUAUCUAUCCAAUCUGCGCUCCAAGAAGAAAGAAAAGAUCGCCGUCCGAUCUUGGACAUUCUGCGCUCUCGCGAUAAAACACAGACCCUGCGCCGUUUGCUGCUUUCUUGCGGUACGCAAUUCAUGCAGCAAUUUAGCGGCGUAAAUGCGCUGGGAUAUUAUCUGCCUACGCUUUUGCAGCAAAGCGUUGGUCUAGGUGAGAAAAUGAGUCGGCUUUUGACCGCUGUCAAUGGGACGAUAUACCUGUUUGCUGCGUUUUGUUGUCUGCUUAUAAUUGACCGGUUCGGUCGUAGAAAGAUGAUGCUCUAUGGUUCUCUUACCAUGGGCUCAUGCUAUUUGAUAGCAUCAAUCAGUCUGAAAUAUGCGGAAAGUGACCCAUCUCGCAAGCAACUUCUCGGCCGCGUUACUACAGCCAUGUUUUUCUUGUACUACUUCUUCUACGGCACCAGUUUCGCAAAAGUGCCCUGGGUCUACAACUCCGAGGUCAAUUCAUUGGCCUGGCGUACUCGCGGCGCAGCAGCUGCGACAGCUACCAAUUGGAUGGGCGGGUUUAUCGUUACUCAGUUCACGAAAGUCGGAGUGAAUAAUUUACAUUGGCGGUUUUAUCUGAUAUUUGCGAUUAUUGUAUGGGCUUAUUUCCCCGUUGUCUUUUGCCUGUACCCCGAAACAUCGCAGCGGACACUCGAAGAUAUGGAUGAAAUAUUCAUUCAGAAUCCAUCACUGAUUGUCUGCGGAAAGCGUGCAUUGACCCAACGCGAACGACCAGUAGAGUUCAUUGAGGCUGAAGCGCGACGGAUUGCAGAGGAGCAAAAUGCCAUCGGAGGGAAAGUGGGAGCUAUCACACAUGUUGAGCAGGUUUAA